AUGUCCCCGCCAUUGACGAGCGAUGAAAAGUCCAUGUACUUUGGCAAGUACGUCUCGAAGGAAGGCUCGAAGAACCUCAAGCUCUACUCGUACAAGGGCAACGACCACUCGCUCAUCUACAAGCAUGUGCUGACGCCAAUGAACAACUUGCUCCUCGAGUACCUCCCGCUCUGGCUCGCGCCCAACCUCAUCACGCUGCUCGGGCUGCUCGCGGUCAUUAGCUCGCACUUGCUCUUCCUCUACUACUGCCCGUCGCUCGACGGCGAGUGCCCGCCGUGGGUGUACGUCUACGCCGCCUUUGCUCUCUUUGCCUACCAGACGCUCGACAACUUGGACGGCAAACAAGCGCGGCGCACCGGCACGUCGUCGCCGCUCGGCCUCCUCUUUGACCACGGCUGCGACGCGAUCAACUGCACGAUCGGGAGCAUGACCAUGUCGUGCGUCGUGCAGUUUGGCGCGGGCUGGAAGGCCACGUGCCUCGGUCUCUGGGUCAACAUGGUCUUUAUCGCGGCGACGUGGGAAGAGUACUACACAGGGUCGCUCGACCUUCCGAUUCUGAACGGGCCCACCGAAGGCGUCUUGAUUGCGAUUGGCAUCAAGCUCUUUACGGCGAUCAUGGGUCCGUCGUUCUGGCUCCAAGAAUCCACGAUCCUACCCGGUGUCCUCCACAACACGAUCUUCCUCGGUGUCAUGAUUGCGUCGUCGACGUUCACCGUCCUCGCCAACUUGAUCAACGUCAUCAAGACCGUGCACGCCCAGAAGGGGUCGUUUCUCAUCGCGCUCACCCGUCUGACGCCGUUUGCCAUUUUGAACGGGCUCGCGCUUCUGUGGGCGAUUCUGUCGCCGGCCAAUAUCAAGGCGAUCCACCCGCGCAUGUUUCUCUGGACGAUCGGGCUCCUCAACAGCAAACUCGUGCUGCACUUGAUGCUCGCGCACCUCUGCGGCGAAGAGUACCACCCGUUCCGAAAGACGCUGGUGCCCAUCUUUUACGUGGCGGCGCACUGGGGCUUUAGCCACUGGCAAGGGAUUUACCCGGUCCAGAAGGAGACGGAAACCCUCUUUCUGAACGAGUUCUUCUUCAUCUCGUUCGUCGCCUACAUCCACAUUGUGGUCUCGGUCAUCUACGAAGUCAAGACGGCGCUUGGCAUCACGGUCUUUACGGUGCCAGCCGCCAACCAAAAGCGCGACUAGAUAACACCGACCACGUAAUCGACUGCAUACGACGGCACUGU